GCUAGAGUUCUUCUCUCCUCCACACACGCAUAGCGAGAGAGAGAGAGAGAGAGAGAGAGAGAUGGGGGUUCUGGGACCGAGCUCGGCGGUGGGUGUGCAAGAAGGAGAAGAUCACCGUCCGAAGGAGCGCGACGCCGGUGCUCUCUUCGUUCUCAAAUCUGAAGGAUCAUGGAUGCACUGCGGAUACCACUUGACCACGUCGAUUGUGGCGCCACCUCUUCUGAGCCUUCCCUAUGCCUUUGCCUUCUUGGGAUGGACGGGCGGGAUCAUUUGCCUGGUCAUCGGAGCGGUCGUGAGCUUCUAUUCCUACAACCUCAUAUCGCUCGUCCUGGAGCACAACGCCCAGGUGGGCAAUCGGCAUCUUCGGUUCAGAGACAUGGCUUACGACAUCAUGGGGCCGAUAUGGGGGAAGUUUUACGUCGGUCCAAUCCAAUUCUUGGUCUGCUAUGGUGCUGUUGUUGGCAGCACUCUUCUGGGAGGAGAAUGCCUCAAGACGAUCUACUUGCUGUCGAACCCAGAUGGGACGAUGAAGCUCUUCGAGUUCAUCAUAAUAUUCGGAUGCUUGAUGUUAGUCCUAGCUCAAGUACCAUCUUUUCACUCACUCAGGCACAUCAAUUUGGUGUCCUUGGUUUUGUCCCUUCUGUACAGUGCUUGUGCCACCGGCGCUUCCAUUUACAUCGGGCUUUCGUCCAAGGGGCCCGAAAAGGACUAUUCCUUGGUAGGGAGCAUUGAAAGUCGCAUCUUCGGUGUCUUCAAUGCUGUCGCCAUUAUUGCGACGACGUACGGGAAUGGGAUUAUUCCUGAAAUUCAGGCCACGUUGGCGCCUCCGGUGAAGGGAAAGAUGUUCAAGGGGCUGUGCAUUUGCUAUGUCGUGGUCGUGGUCACUUUCUUCAGCGUCGCGAUCUCCGGUUAUUGGGCUUUUGGCAACAAAGCAGAUGCGCUCCUCCUCAACAACUUCUUGGUUGAUGGGGAGGCGCUGGUUCCGAAAUGGUUCAUUUUGAUGACCAACGUGUUCGCCAUUCUCCAACUGUCAGCUGUUGGUGUAGUUUAUCUGCAGCCUACUAAUGAAGUUCUCGAGAACAUGUUCGCGGACCCCAUGAGCGAGGAAUUCUCUGCACGGAAUGUCAUACCUCGCCUGAUCUCUCGGUCGACAUCUGUCGUUGUGGCAACAACAAUAGCGGCGAUGCUCCCCUUCUUCGGAGACAUCAAUUCUCUGAUUGGAUCAUUCGGAUUCCUGCCUCUCGACUUCGUCUUGCCCAUGGUCUUCUACAACUUGACGUUUAAGCCACCGAGACGAAGCCCCAUUUUCUGGCUGAACAUCACUAUUGCAGCAGUGUUCUCAGCGGGGGCGGUUGUUGCAGCUGUUGCUGCGGUUAGGCAAAUAGCCCUCGACGCGGAUACGUACCAGUUAUUUGCUAAUUUGUAAACAGAUGUAAUUUGCUCUCAAAAGCUAGCCCGAUUAUAUGAAUGCAGAUAUUAGCCACCCUUCACUGAAACCAGGACACCGAUUCGUCCACUGCUGACACCGAAAUUCUUUCGCAGUCAUGGUAAAAUAGCAGUGGAAAUUUGUAAAGCAAGAACUAUCAGUAGCAUUUCCUUUGCUUGAGAGAUAAA